AUGCUGUCUGUGAUCAGCAGUCAGGGUGAACUUUGUAACACCAAAUCCUAUUACAUCAUCCUAUUCACAAGAGAGAACAAUGGCUUGGAAUGGGACAAUGGCCAUGGAGAUUCAGGGAAGUACAAAGCGGGAAUCCGGGGCUCCUCCUCCGCCCGCUGCGCAGCCAUCAAUCACCGCGACAGCCCAAGUGCCCCCUGCCCGGACACAACAACCCUCCUGCUUUUCCACCCGGGGGAGGAAAUCUCCGGUCCUGCACACUGGCUGGACUCACCAGUGGGGUCCGCGCUGGGAAUCAAAGCUGUGCGACACCGGGUGCGGGCACAGGGGGUGGGGUCUCCGCUGCCACCGCCCCUUACCUCGCGCGGGCCCUCCCCGCAGGUCCCGGAGGCGGGGGCGACCGAGGGGAGGGGAGGGGAGAGGAGAGGAAAGAGGAGGAGGGGAGUGAAGGGCUUUGUGUUUGCCUCGGGCCGUCCCUCGGCAGUAGGGAGCCAUCCCCCUCCCCCAGCCACCUUCCUGAGCUCGCAGAGGAGAUGGGGCGGGGGUGAUCGGAUCGGAGGCAGCGACCAAGGCGCCUGCGCGACCCCAGGUCCGGCCCAUCCCUCCAUUCCCUCUAACCGCCAGCCCCCGCCCCUCUUGACAACCACCCGCUACGCUUACCCGGUUACAAGGAACCCAGGCUGCAACCAGGAAAAACUGCCAUCAGAAAGUUUAUCUAAGCCGGAGCAAACUUGGCUGGACCGGCCCCUGACCCGCCUUGGCGCCGCCGCCCCUGUCUUCUGCGGUCCCCGGCCAGGCGAGGACCAGAGUUUUGUUCUCGGAGAUUCUUGCCUUUCUUGUUUUAGCACAAACGCGCACGCACCCCUUUCCCAUAACGAGCCCCUCCGCCCAACUACAGAUCUCGGGAUCUGUUGCAGGGGCUGGAAAGGCCCCACUGGAGAGGCCUGA